AUGAUCUUGAUAAGCAUUUUUGUGCUUUUGUAACUUGAUAAAGUUAAUGCAGACGAUAUUAUUCUCAAUUAACAGUUUUCAAAUGUUUUUAAGGAAAUUUUUGAGAAUCAAGCUAGAACAAAGGUACAAGAAUAAUUGAAUUUCACAAACAAGCAAGAUCUAAUCGGUAAAAAUUAUCUUGAUUCAUAAGAAAUCGUAAUUACCAUACUUUUCAAAUCUUAGUAGGUACAAAGUUAGGGGAUAAGUUACUCAAAUAAAGAAUCAUGCGAUAUUCAAACACAAUACUAGGAAUUCUUUCCCUAAAAAACUUAAAAAAUAAAACUAGAUAUGAAGACAGAAGAAAUGGGCUUUGAUGUCGAUGUUAAUGAUGAACUUAUCGUUGUUUCUAUGACUUUAUUAAGCGUGACUUAGUAUGAUGCAAACUACCCUAAAUUUAAAGAAUUCAACUUUACUCUUUCAUAAACUAUGGCAUUUGGAGUUAUCAUGAUUGACUAAUCUGCGCAAACAAAAUGGUUUAAAGUCGGUAUUGAACAAAAUUAUUAAAGAACUAAAACAGGAAUAAUUUUCUCUUUGAAUAUGGUUACUGCCAUUGUGAAUACUAUUUAUGAUGAGUUGAGAGUAAUUGAAAUGGAUAAAAUAACUGGAAAUGAAAUCAGAGACUUUAAAAUUGGAUUUUGA